AUGGAUAUAGUUUAUAAUGAAAUUUGUAAAGCUCUAUCAAAUGAAUUAAUGAAUGGAUAUGAAGAUACAGAGUGGUUAUGUUCAAAAAUCAAAGACCUAAAAUUAAUAGGAUUAGCUGCGACUGAUGACCAAAAAAAUGGCAUUAGGAAAAUAUCAACUUUUUCUGCCGAAUAUAAGGAUAAUAUCUCUUUUACUAUUGAUAUAGACCCAGUUUUAGAUGUCAAAACAUUUUUAAAUGAAGAAGAUUAUUUGAAUAUAUUUGCCAAAAAAAGCAAUGAUUACAAAAACAUGGUUAAUGAG